AUGAAUGUGAAAAGAAAGAUUAAAGGGCAUUUCAAUGCUAAAGUGUGGUGUAUGAUGACCAUUAUGCCCAACUUGGAAUCUUCCCACCUCCUCUAUAAAUCUCCCCCCACGGUCAUAACUCUUUUCCCCCUAACCAUCACAACCUUGCUCAGAUCCAAAUUUAACAUACCACCAUGGUGGGAACUAGAAUCUCCUCAAGUUAGCACAUGGCAAGGCUAUGUGGACUGGAGGAACAAACCUGCCCUCAGAGGACGCCAUGGAGGCAUGCUUGCAGCCUCCUUUGUUCUGGACAAAAAGAAAAAGUGGUAUGUUGAUUCCGAGGUUGUUGUAUUUUGUUCAGUGGCUGAGAUAAUGGAGAAUCUGGCGUUUUUGGCGAAUGCUAGCAACUUGGUUUUGUACCUGAAGCAGUAUAUGCACAUGUCACCUUCAAAAUCUGCUAACAAUGUCACCAAUUUCAUGGGAACUGCUUUCCUUCUUGCCCUCCUUGGUGGCUUCUUAUCCGAUGCCUUUUUCACCACUUAUCGUGUCUACCUGAUAAGUGCAGUUAUUGAGUUCCUGGUAAGCUCCACAUUAUUACACUCUUCCCUUAACUUUUGUUCAAUGUGA